GCGGGCACAAGUGAAGCACAAGCACAAUUCGUUCCCUUUCCCCACAAUUAAGUUUUAAUGCGCUACUGCCCGUGAGCGCAGAGCUCGAGCUUCCAUGGCAUUCGCGAGAUCUGCCAGUGGUCCGGGUGGUUUGAGCAUCAAUACCAGCUCUGCCAAUUCUACUUUGUGAGUCCACCUGAACGGCGCAACGGUUCCCGCGAUCGCACUCUCGGUCCCUUGCAUAGAAGAACAUUGAUACUGACGGCAGUCCGCAGCAACGCGCCAGCAGGAGGAAUGUUUUCGAACGCCGGGGCGAAUAAGCCCGCCGGAGGGCUCUUUGGUGCUGCUGCGACCAGUACACCAGCUCCAGCAGGUGGUCUCUUUGGCACAGCUUCAACUACAACCCAACCUCAAUCCAGCGGACUAUCUGGAGCAGCGGCAGCACCAGCUUCUCAAGCGCCAGCUACAGGAGGGCUGUUUGGAGCCGCUGCAGCUACUCAGGCCCCGGCAGCAGGAGGAUUAUUUGGCACUGCGGCGACAUCUCAACCACAGACUGGCGGGCUUUUUGGGGCAACCACAGCGACGACUCAACCUCAGACGGGAGGCUUGUUUGGAGGCGCCACUGCUGGCACGCAACCACAGGCUGCCGCUGGAGGACUUUUUGGAGCCGCAGAUACGACAGCGCAGCCUCAGACGGGAGGGUUAUUCGGUGGAGCAGCAGCUGCUACAACUCAACCACCGGCCGGAGGACUGUUUGGAGGAGCGGCUUCUACAGCUCAGCCUCAAACUGGUGGCCUUUUUGGUGGUUUGAAUUCUACCCAGAACAAGCCCGCAGCAACUUCGUUAUUGUACGUCUCUCCCCAGUAUUUUUCUUUCUUUGGAGCUUGAUUUAAUAAUUUAGUGGUGGUUUUGGUGGCGCGCAAAAUCAACAGAAUCAGCAGCAAAACACGAUGUCUGGACAACAAAAUCAAGCCCAGGGCUCAGGUCUCUUAGGUGGUGGAUUGUCUUUAGGCCAAGGCGCGCAAAAUCCUCAAAUGGUGCCAGGAGUUCGCAUAGAUCUGGCAAACCUACGGGGUACAACACGAUUUGAGGAUCUUUAUCCGGACCUACAGCAACAAAUUACCGUGAUGGACGAUGUCAUUCAAAAUCAGAUCAGCCUCAAAAACCAAUGCGAUGCUAUGUUGCCAAGCCAUGACCAACAACUGUCACAAAUUCCAAAUGAUGUGGCUUAUUGUAGUCGAAAGCUGACGGGCGUGGAAGGGGCUCUGGUAUCGGAUGUCAACUCAAUUGCUUACGCACGAGAACUCAUCAAUACGGACGCUGAUAACGCAAGGUUAAGCUUUAAAGCAAUCGACAACUUGAAACUACCAGCUCAAUAUCAUAAUACCGGAAUGUGGUCAACAAAGUCUCCGGAAGAUCGGUCAUCUGGCAAUGGUGAAGAUAGUCAGGAUAUUGUGGGACUAUUCUCCAAGACAGCCGACGAACUCUCUGCUACUUUGAACAAAUACCAAAAUAACAUCUCGGAAAUCGAGCAGCAUCUACGAGGCGUGGAGGCAAAUAGCGCACAGCAAAUUAAUGCAUUUAUUGCUAAGAGAAGCGGUGGUUCUGCAAGUUACGAAAAUCCUGUGGCAGAGUUAGGAGCUGCAUUGACAGAGUUUGAACACAGUAUCUUGGGGGUGGCAAGCAAAAUAGGAGGAGCAAGAGAACAAGUGCAGAACCUUAAACUGAGCGGGUUGGCACCUCCAGGUCACAAUGCUUCCGUGAAUGGUAGAAGAGGCGGUGUAUAUUAGUGCAUAUAGAGAGUGUGGGUGGGA